CACUACCGUAUUGUUCGACCGAUUGCACGCCGUUGCAUGAAGUCCUAUUAUCUUUUCAUGCGUGUUUGUUAUGCAUUUAAAUUUUCAAAACAGGCAGUCAUAUAUUUUUACUUCGACACAAAAUAUAAGCUCGCUGUGAAAACGAAUGGUCAUCUAAACCGGCGAAUAUCUCAUUAUAUUAAAAAUUCUUUCAUUUCGCUUACCAGCUAACAGCUGCACAUAAAUAGCUUUUUUUUAUUUUUUCAUAGUUGGGUGCCGGAAUUUACUGUUAAUUGAACUUGCUUCAGCAGAGAUGGAUUCUGCUGCUCUCGCUUCUUUCAGUGAACCUUCAGUUUUUCUUAAGGCCAUCGAAUUUGUCCUAACAAUCAUCUCGAUAUCGGUGGAGCAGGGCGGGCUAGCGUCGUUCAGCAAGCAGUCUGGGGAGUUCUUCUUCGGAGGAGCCAUGAUCAUGACCAUCACUGUGUCGGGCCUGCUGCUCAUCUGCUACAUGCUCGGCCAGCAGCGACACAUACAAAACACUCAUUUCGAGUUUUCGUUCGACUGCAUCGGGGCUUUGUUCCAACUGACGGCUGGGGCCCUUGCCAUCAGCGAGUAUGCGGGCAAAUCAGGCAACGAGGCCGCGCACGCCAACGCCGCUGGCUCCGUCUGUAUCGUCACCUCGGCCGUGUACAUCUUCGACGCUUACUACGCCUACAUCAACUACCGCUCCAUUAUGACCCAGCCUCCACCGAGCCAGCAGAACACCCAGAGUCUCCCACCGAGUAUCUAAUGGGGGCUUCCUGCUUGCGGAUUAUGAAUAUUAGGAAAAUAAAAUAUAUAUAGUCUUCUAAAGUUUACUUAAGUUUGUGUCUGUGGAAUAUUUACCUCGUGGAUAUGAAGCCACAUAACAACAUUGGGGUACCAUUAAACAUUAUAUACUGGAGAGAUUCGCAUCAGAAUUUGUCGCUCAAUAGAAGCAACUAUCACGAAAUGAUCGAAACUCUCUGUUGCCGCCAACAGUCAAAAACUGUCAAGCUAAAAUUUUGUAUUUUAGUUUGGAAGUUAUAUUCCAAGGAAAAUUACGCUAAAUAUUCAAAAUUUGUUGCUAAAAAUUUAUUUCAAUAAUUUUUUCUACCUACAAUUUACCUGCAUUCUUUUUCCCGCUAAAUUCGUUGGAAAUGCGCUAGAUUUGGCGUGAAAGUAGCUGAAUUGGCAACACCGACGAAACCUGUUAUAUUGAGUUUGUUAGUGAAAAAGGUGCCCAGAAAAGCCCCUGAUUGUGACGGUAAAUGUAUAAAGUUGCCUGGCGUAUUAUAGUGUGAGUUUUAAGUCGUCAAAAAACACAUAAUUAAAUUUUCCUUGAACUUUCCGGAAGCAUAAACACAAUUUAAAUCACGUUGUUCAAACAAAAUUUUUCUAAUUUUAAAAGUAAUUAUAAUAAAUCUUUUUAAAUUAAUUGAAUCUUUGGCCGGCCAUCAUAGUUGAUCCUAUGGUUAAAAAUCAAUGUUUUCUUCUGUUAAAGUAACUUUUUUCACCUUUAGACGACAAUUAAGAUUUUUUACUUUUAAUUUUUAGUUUAAGAGUUCUAGUGAGCAUCCGCACACCAAAGAUUAUUUUAGCGCCAAGUUAUUAUGCUUGAUCCAGAAUAGUUGCGUAUCCCAGCAAUUGAGUGAAUAAUCAAUAGCGUCUCAACUGUUGAAUCUUAUAUUGAUGAAUUGAGUAUAUAUAUGUCGCUCUACUAAAUAUUUAAUCAAUAUUUAUUUUCCAUAACCUUCGAGUUCAUCAUGUAAGCAAUUUGUUGUUUUGGGUUACAAAGGCAGGUUAUUUGCAAACAAAAUUCUCGUUUAAGGCAUUUAUGGGUUCAAGAUUUAUUGCAGACAGACACGGCGCCAUACAUGAUCCAGUCUCUUUCGCCAUAUUACAGAAUUUUUCUUUGAAAAAUUGUAAAAUAACAAGUAAAUGGAAGAAGGGAUUCAUCAAAUAGGAUUUCCCAAAUAAAAUGAUCUAAACGCAGAAUUUUAUUGACGGAUUCUCAUUCACUUGAUCAAGCAUAGUUCUAUGUAAUUUAUACAGGCAGAACUCACCUGCCAAAUAAUUUUAGAAGCCCAGCUUAAACGCUACUA